CUUUUGACUUUGACAGUGAAAGCUUGUACACGUUAACCAGACGUAGAAUUUGCAUUUUGCUGUAAACAAAACACCACAAAGGAAAUAAAAACAUCCAGAUUUUUGUACAGAAUGGAAUAAAAAUUAAAAGUCAAUUAUUGCUAUUUUCUAUUGUGAUAUUUGCAACUAAUAGUAUUUUACAAAAGCGACCUGAAUCAUGGGUGACGAAGCCCCCGGAGGUGGAUUCAAUCCUUGCGAGUGCAUAUGGAACCACGAAAUGGCCAUGAGAAGGCUUCUUAAUGCUCUCAGAAAUUCUCAAGCCUUAUGUACCGACACUGAAUGCUUCGAACCAGGUGCCUCAUCACCUGGCAGUGCUCCGACCGAAAAUUUCUAUUUCCUGAUUUUUGUUAUUGGAAUUGCUAUGAUGCUAUUUGUUCUCCGUCCUAGGCCACAAGCAAUUGAACCCAUGAAUAAGCCAAAUAAUAAUUCGAAUGAUCCACCACCAGCACCACCAAUAAACUAAAUAGCUUAUUUAAAUAUGUAUACAUUUUGUUUUAUUUUAUUUUUGUUGGUAUCUGGAUAUUUCAUCUAUUAGCUUGUAUAUUUUAUCUUGUGAAUUUUAUUUUAGUUUUAAUUUUGGCAACAUUCCUUCUGCACAAAAAAAAAGAGAUUAUAAUAAUGCACUAAUAUGGUUUUUAUGUUGAGAAUAAAUACUUUAUUUUACUAA